AUGGACGAGGACGUGGCUCCCGAAAUCUCCGAGGAGGAGCGUCUGGCUCAGGAGAAGGCCGAGCGAAAACAGGAGCUGAACCAGAAGGCCGACGACUUCCACGCCGAGUUCAUGGCCAACAAGUUCACAAUUCUGCCCGGAGCUUCGGCCGACAAGACUGCCUGCUCGUUCCAGUUCACCGAGGAGGACCACACCAUUGGAAACGCUCUUCAGUACAUCAUCAUGAAGAACCCCGAGGUGGAGUUUUGCGGUUACUCGAUCCCACAUCCUUCCGAGGCCAAGCUCAACAUCCGUAUACAGACAUACGGCGACAUCACUGCCAUUGAGGCUCUUCAGAAAGGUCUGGACGACCUGAUUCAGGCCUGUGACGUCGUCAAGAACAAGUUCACCGACGCCGUCACCGACUUCACUUCCAAGAACUAA